GGACAAAAUAGCGCUUAUAUAAUCACAAAUUUCCGGGAGCUUCAAAAGCAUUUCCCAAGUUCCACAUCAGAGCCCAUUUAAGUACUCCCUCAAGCAAUUGAUCCCCCCCUCAUACAAUAUCGAAUCUACCCACCAAAGCACACAACGAUGACAUCCCACUUUCCCUCCCAAGCCCGCGCUCUCUACCGAUCUAUCAUCCGCGAACUGCCCCGCCGCCCUCUUUCGUCCCCAUCGCCGCUCGCAAUCCGGAUCCGCACCCAUCUCUCCUCACAACAAUCACCAGAGAGCAACAACAGCAACGGCAAGCAAUUCCAAAUCGCACAAGCGCAGAUGGACGAGGCGGAGCAAUUCACGCAGUAUCUGAGGGCGCAGAGGGAAUAUGUCACCUUGCUGGAGCGGUAUAACCCCGGGGCGAAUAUGGAUGAGGAAGAGCGCGUGCGGCUGACGGCGAGGAGGGUGGGGAUGGAAUUACCUAUUGAGGCGGAGGGGUAUGAGAAGGAGGAGUAGAGUGACCGGAAGGCAUGACAAAGCAAUUUGGGGUUUUUUUUUUUUUGGGGGGGGGGGGGGUGGGGUUAGAGCCCGAUAGGGCUUUAUACGAACAAUGAACCGUUGCUAUAUUAUACCCGAUUGUCAGCGAUCUGUUCCAAACGGGCUUUUCCCUUAGCCAUGUUAAGUCUGAAAACGCUCAGCAUUCUCCAGCAUGGCAAAUUUCCACCUCUACAACCAGCUGUUUUAGAUUGGAGAUGGUUUUGUCACCUGGAAAUGAGAAUCCCUUGCUGUUUGGAAGAAGGAAAGCAAGAAGCGGUAUUAUGAGGUGGUCCUUCGGGGCAGAUAGAGGAUGCGCCUGUUUACUCCCCUGCGCCAGGUCCUGAGGAACUAAAAUUGGCGAUUUUGGGUUUACAGAUACCAUUGUUCAGUAUGGCGAUGGUGACCAUGUUAGAUAAGAUUGGAGGGUUUGCCAUUACUUGUUAUUUGUCAAGUUUAUGUCUAGGGUUUGUUACGGCACAUAUACCAGGGAUCAGUUUUUUCCAAGUCAGAGGGUGUUUGUUGGAAAGGGUUUUAUUGAACUAUUGUAUUUUUACAUGGAGGAAUGAUUGUAUAUAUAGCCCUUUGUUUGUGUGUAUUAUAUGGAAUAGAAUAUAAAUGACUACAAGAUGCGAGAUAUUUGCUCGGCAGCAUGGGUUUGGUGUUUAUAAAUCUCUCUCUUUCUGGGCAAAUAUGUAUAGGCCUACAAUUUACAUAAAUGCACUACCUGAGCUCCUUUUAAGGCAUCUACCGCAAAUGAAGUAACAAAUAAAUAUAUAGGGGAAAGAAUACUAACAUACAAUGAAUUAGAG